AUGCGCACGAAAAGAGCGAAAACGUAUAAAAGGGCGAUGGCGAUGUACACCAGGGUGUUUGGGUUCAGACAACCUUAUCAGAUAUUGAUAAACGACGAUUUGUUGUUGAAAUCACCACCGGGGAUGAACCUCGUUAAACAGCUCGAAAUGUGUGUACAGGGGGAUAUCAAGAUCAUGAUAACACAAUGUUCCAUCCAGUCUCUCUAUUCCCUAGGUCCAUCUCAUCAACCCCUGAUAGAAUUCGCAAAAUCAUUCGAACGACGGAAAUGCAACCACCGUCUCCCUUUGUCAUCCCACGAAUGUCUCACAGACGUCAUCGGUCCAAACAACAAACAUCGUUACAUCCUCGCUGCUCAGGCUUACGGAUUGAGGAAGGAUUUGGAGAAAGUACCGGGACUACCAGUGGUUCAUUUCAAUCCUAAAGGCGUUUUGGUGUUAUCUCCCUUUAGUGAGGCGAGUUUGAAGGUAAAGACGGGGUUAGAAGAACAGAGAAGAGGUGAAGGGGAGGAGAUAGAAGUAGGUGUUGAUAAGAACAUAAUUUUACCUGCUGGGACGGGAACGAUUAGAUCGGCUGGAUUGGGUGAAGCAAACGGAGCGAGUGGAAAAGGUCCGAAUCCAUUAAGCGUCAAGAAGAAGAAA